AUGCCGAAACUUUGGAGUUGUAUUGCACCGAAGAAUGAUGAUGAGAAAAAACGCGAACAAAUUAAUAAACAAAUUAAUGCAAAAUUAAAACAAGAUGAAAAAAUUUAUAAAGCUACUUAUCGUUUACUUCUCUUGGGCGCUGGUGAAUCCGGUAAAUCAACCGUUGUUAAACAAAUGAAAAUUUUGCAUAAUCCUUUUACUACACAAGAAAAAAUCGAUAAAAUUCCUGAUAUUAAACGUAAUAUUCGUGAUUCACUUACCAGUAUGUUACGUGCUAUGGAAAAAUUAAAUCCACCUAUUGCACUUGAACAUCCACAAGAUCAAUGGCGUGCUACAUAUAUGCUAAUAACAGCACAUCAAUUAGAGUUUGAUUAUCCACCAGAAUUUUUUGAACAUGCAGCAACACUUUGGAAUGAUGCUGGUAUACUAGCUUGUUACGAACGAUCGAAUGAAUAUCAACUUAUCGACUGUGCUAAAUAUUUUCUUGAUCGUGUUCAUGAAGUUAAACAACCAAACUAUAUGCCCAGUGAUCAGGAUAUUCUUCGUUGUCGUGUGCUCACAUCUGGCAUUUACGAAACUAUCUUUACCGUUGAACGCGUGCGCUUCCAUAUGUUUGAUGUGGGCGGACAACGUGAAGAACGACGAAAAUGGAUACAAUGUUUUAAUGAUGUUACUGCAAUUAUAUUUGUCACAGCAUGUGACAGUUUUAAUAUGAUGCUUUUUGAAGAUGAAGGAGAAAAUCGACUAAGAGAAUCACUUGAACUUUUUAAAAAUAUAUGGAAUAAUCGAUGGCUACGGACAAUAUCUGUUAUAUUGUUUCUUAAUAAACAAGAUCUUUUAGCUGAAAAAAUCAAAAGUGGUCGUCGACUUGAAGAUUAUUUUCCUGAAUUUGCUCGAUAUGUUGUUUCACAAGGCGAACCAGAACUCUCUGUACAAAAAUACAACAAAGCGGAGCCGGAUGAAGAUCCUGAAGUAACUCGAGCUAAAUAUUUUAUCCGCGAUGAAUUUCUGCGAGUCAGCACGGCUACCGGUGAAAAUCGUCAUUAUUGUUAUCCGCAUUUUACAUGUGCGGUAGAUACAGAAAAUAUUCGUCGAGUAUUCAAUGAUUGUCGCGACAUCAUUCAACGUAUGCACUUGAGACAGUACGAAUUACUGUGA